UUCACAAAUGGGCGGGGCUAAAGCGGUGAACCGCAGGACACAAUCAGAAUGAACUAGAAGAGUGAACGUACCGACGAUGACUCUGGUGGGAGAUUCUCUUUAAAUUCAGCGGAAAAAAGGUCCCUGUGAAGACUUCGCGAAGACGAAGAAGUGUUUUUGUCAAGAGUGUCUGGAAACGGUUAACUGUCGCACUAUUUUUAAGACGUUAUGUGGUGGUCUUGGCCCCUCGUGUCUGUUGUGGUGCUAUGCUCUCUCUUGUCAGUGGGUACUGUGCGGACCGCACCCUGCCAGACUUGUCAGAAACUUACGACCAACUUCAUCAAGGGCUUGGAGCGAACAGCCAAUAAGAAUUUUGGGGGAGGAAAUACUGCUUGGGAAGAAGAGAAAUUAGCAAAAUAUGCACGCAGUGAAACUCGUCUGUUAGAGAUCAUAGAGACUGCAUGUGACAAGUCAGACUUUGAAUGCAACAGACUCCUGGAGCAGAUCGAGGAUCAGGUGGAGACCUGGUGGUUUCACAGGCAACAGGAAGCACCAGACCUGUUUGAAUGGCUGUGCAUUGAGGAGCUCAGACUGUGCUGCCCACCGGGACGCUAUGGACCUGAAUGUGCAGAGUGUCCGUCAGGUCCUGGUGGUGUGUGCGGUGGUCUUGGCCGCUGUGAGGGUGAGGGCACACGUCUGGGCGAUGGAGAAUGUGUGUGUGAUCCUGGAUACUCAGGCCCCCUGUGUCAGAACUGUGCUGAUGGAUACUACAGAGAAAAGAGCUCCAAUCACACACAACCACCCUGCUCUGCUUGUUAUCACUCCUGCAAAAAGUGCACCGGUCCACAAGAUAACCAAUGUCAGGACUGUAAACCUGGAUGGAUCCUUCACGACAACAAGUGUGUUGAUGUGGAUGAGUGCGGGACUGAAUUGGCUCGCUGUCCAUCUAACACCUACUGCUUUAACACUGAUGGUUCUUAUGAAUGCAGAGGUUGUGAUCAAGCAUGCGUGGGCUGUAUGGGGAGUGGACCUGCUCGCUGUAAGAAAUGCUCUCGAGGGUUCAGGCUCAUUGGCGCUAAGUGUCUAGACAUUGACGAGUGCUCUGAGAAAGCAAUAGCUUGUCCUGGACUCAAUGAAGCUUGUAUUAAUGAGGAGGGCUCGUUCCGCUGCGAGUGUGCCGAGGGAUUUAUUCGACGAGACAGCAUUUGUGUGGAGAAUCUACCACCUACGGAUCCAGAGAAGGGUCUGUUUGAUGACAUCACGGACGACGAGGUCCUCGUCUUGCAGCAGAUGUUUUUUGGUGUUGUGAUCUGUGCCCUAGCUACUCUAGCGGCCAAAGGAGACAUGGUCUUUACAGCCAUCUUUAUAGGAGGCGUGGCCGCGAUGGCAGGAUACUGGCUUUCGGAGAAAGGCGAUCGUGUGCUGGACGGCAUUCUUAAAGGACGCUAAUGGAUUGGACACUCGUAACCUGAAAUGUGGGUGACGCCACCGAAGUGCAAAGUUAUCGGGCAAUUCAGACUGGAAGAAAGGCAGUGAACUUUGCAAUGCAUGUCAAUCAGGGAUGCUUAGGACUGGGAUGAGUGGCAAUACUAGUGCUACUGUUUAAAGCUCUGAAUUAGUGGAUAAUGAAGUUUGUACAAGCUUAUCUAUAACACUGUGUUUCAACAGUUUCAUUGCUGCUGUAUUUAUUGAAGGUUUUCGGUUAUACUGGAUUUGGGUUGAUCUGACGAGAAGCAACAGAAUCCGCUAGAAUUUCUGUAUAUAUAUUGGCAUGGAUAUUUCUUGCAACCUUAGAAAGUAACGUCAGGUAAUGUCAUUUAUUUAUUACUUUUACAUAUACUGUAUUUAUUUCUAUAUGGUGCCCUAAUAUAUACAACUGUUCCAAAAACAUUUCGAAACAGUUUACAGGCAAAAGUCGGUACUGUUUGAGUUUAAACUUGAAACGCUCCUAAAGGAGGGCAGGUAGCUACCUUGAGAUGUACAGAGACCUCUUCUUGUACACAGAAUCAUUCUCUGGAUGAAAUCAUGUUUGAAUUAUUUCCCUGUCAAAGUUGUGUAUGUAUGUCAUUUUGUUUAAGAGCCAUGGCGAAUUAUUUGUGUUAAUUUUAAUGCGGUUCCAACACACUUUCAUAUCACAUUAAAGUUUCAAACCAGUUUGUAAUUCAUUAAAAAAGUUAUCAACUCAACCACUCUAGUUUGCUAGUUGUACUCUACAUGAGCAAUAUUUACCUGAAAUUUUGGAAGCAGAACAUCAAGAACAUUUAUAUUUAGUAUGGAUAAUAAACCUCUUAUUUCUAUGUUUUAUUCUUUUAAGGCUUUUGCAAUUCCCUCAUAUAUGACACUGGAAAUGCUGUUUAUAAAUAUGCAAUUGAAAAAUAAGAUCAUGUGACCGUUUAUUGCUUUUACAUGUUGUUUAGCGGAGUGUAGUGUUAAUUUUAGCCAAUACAUGUGGCCUUUUGAUCAUUAGUUUUAACUUUUAAGUUCACAACAGGUGGCUUAAAAGCAUCAGUUAGAUUGUGCCAGUUGGAAUCACUGAAAAAUACACAUAUAGUUUAUAUGUAUCUUUCAUCAUCACUGCUUUUAUUUUUUCUGUUUAUGAGUGUGAAUCUGACUUGCAGCAUCAAGAGUUAUCUGAAACAAGGGGCAUGAUUUUGCAAUUCUUGCUAGCCUUAAUGUGAACUGUUUAAAGUUUUUUUAACAUCUCUUGUUGGGGGAGAUUACAACAUUUUUAUUAAAUUUAUCUUAAAUGACA